GAUAAUACUAUUGAGCACCAUGACAUAUUUUUCUCCUGUGAUACGUACACUUGUAACUGUGAUGAUAUUGUUUCCAACAUUGGAUUCUAUAAUGUUGCUCAGACCGUUCUUGAAACGCAGAAUGACGGUAGAAGUUCCAGAACACAAUUUCUGGCCGUUUCUACCGAUAGUUUCACCAUUUAAAAAUAACAAAACAUAUUAUGAUCUACCAAGACAUAAUUUCUGGCCAUUUAUUCCAAUUGUUCCACCUAUCCGUCCUGAAGGUGAACCGUUACCAACUCCUCCAACUCCAUCAAUACCAUGGGUUCCUCCUACUCAUAAGCCUACAGAUUAUAAUUAUGACGAAGUUCUCCAGAAGUCUAUUUUAUUUUACGAAGCCCAGAGGUCUGGCAGGUUACCAGCUAUAAGGAAUAUAGCUUGGCGUGGAGAUUCGGCUUUACAGGACCAAGGCAUAUUUGGUGAAGAUCUAUCGGGUGGUUGGUACGAUGCUGGUGAUUGCGUCAAAUUCGGGUUUCCAAUGGCAGCAUCUACCACUUUGUUGCUUUGGGGAUUCAUUGAAUUUUACGAUGGAUAUGAAUAUGCAGGAUUAGUCAAUGAAAUGUAUGACUGUGUUCAGUGGCCACUAACGUACUUUAUGAAAGCCCAUCCAACUAAAUUUGAAUUCUAUGCUCAGGUAGGUGAUCCCUUUAUUGACCAUGACUAUUGGGGUCGUCCAGAGGAUAUGACUAUGUAUCGUCCAGCAUAUCGACUAUCUCCAGAAAGACCUGGAAGUGACGUCAUUGGUGAAACAGCGGCCGCUUUGGCAGCAGGUUCAAUUGUUUUUAGAACAAGAGACCCAGCCUUGGCCGGGGAGAUGUUAAGGCAUUCAGAAGAAUUAUUUGAGUUUGCGCAGAAUUACCAGGGUUUAUACAGCGAAUCCAUUCCAUCUGUUAAAGAGUUCUACCCCUCAAGUCAGUUUCAAGAUGAAUUAUGUUGGGCAGCAGCUUGGUUAUACAGAGCUACGGGAAAAUUUACCUACUUAGAUACUGCUGAACAAUAUUAUGUUUCUAAGCAUUCAUGGGCUUUUAAUUGGGAAGACAAAACAGAUGCUACGAGCUUAAUGUUAUUUAUGUUGACUAAAAAGGAGAAAUAUAGAGAUGAUAUUGAGAGAUCGCUUAGGGAUUGGCUUCCAGGAGGCACUGUGCCGUACACUCCUAAAGGUCUUGUUUUUAGGGCAAAAUGGGGAUCUUUAAGAUUUGCCGGUAAUGUAGCAUUCCUGGCUCUUGUAGCAGCUAACGCAGAUAUAAACCCAUCUAUGUACAGAAGAUGGGCUAAACAACAGAUCCAUUAUAUAUUAGGAGAUACUGGUAGAAGUUAUGUUGUAGGCUUCGGAAAUAAUCCCCCAACUCGGCCUCAUCACGCUUCUAGUUCGUGUAACUCACCACCAUUGCCUUGUACGUGGGAUGAUUUCUCUAAAUCAACACCUAAUAGUCAUAUACUAUAUGGAGCUGUCGUAGGGGGGCCAGAUAAAUUCGACCAUUUCGUUGAUGAUAGAGAAGAUUUUAUUCAGAACGAAGUCGCCUGUGAUUAUAAUGCUGGUUUCCAGUCGGCUUUAGCAGGUCUAAAUCAACAGAAAUAUAGACAAGUAAACCUUAUUUGAAGAAAAUUAAGCUUUCAAGAUGCUUUGCUUUUUACACCUUUUAAGAUACUUUGCUUUUAACAGUUUUAAGAUAUCUUGCUUUUUGAACGCGUUUCGACACACCCAAACAAUCCAAUGGACACACAUCAAAUUCUAAAAAAAACCGAUUCUUGUUGUCUUUUUACAGCUUCUAAUUGAUGUUUUAUAAUGUGUAUCGACUAGGGCAGCUUCAGUAACAUUGAUGAUGAUUGCCCUGCAAAAACAUCCAUCGUUGUAAUAUCAGGUUGUAAGAGUCAGCAAGUUUCAUUCGGCAGUUCUCAGCAGUAAAACUGAAUCUAUAUAUUCUGCUCGCCAGUUUCCGUAAAGCUCAAUCUACGAAUCUAUGAAAGCUCAAUCUAUGACUGGAAGUUUCCGUUGGGUACUCUGGGGCAAGCUUGUUUCUUCCUAUAUUUCGCCACUAAAUCUGUGGCGUAAAUAUAUUCCAUAGCUUCGGGAGAUUAUUCUUACAUUUAUUAAUGCAUUUGAUGCUAGAUUUGAAUUAUCUGUUAACUAUUUAUGCAUUUCAACUUCAUUAUGAAUCUUUCGAAGUUUUUGUUUUUAUUGGCUUUUUAUAUACAAACAGCCAAUUAUGUUUGAACUACCAGAAUCACUUGACAAUUUGCAAAUAGUUUCCACAAACAUUGGCUGCCAAUAAAUACAGUGAUAUGAUGCAAAGCGCUAGUGGAACGGUCGACUGUUUGAGCAAUACGUUAGACUCCCAUUUGCGAUGUUGAAUUUGAGAUUUAUAACGUUAUAUGUAAAACUAUAAAAAUAAAUCUUUUUUCUGU